AUGGCGGCGGUGGAGCUGGAGUGGGUGCCCGAGACGCUCUACAACACGGCCAUCUCGGCCGUCGUGGACAGCUACGGGCGGGCGCGGCGCCGCGACAUCCGCUCGCUGCCCGAGAACAUCCAGUUCGAUGUGUACUACAAGCUUUACCAACAGGGCCGCUUGUGCCAGCUGGGUAGUGAAUUUUGUGAACUAGAAGUUUUUGCAAAGGUGCUACGAGCUUUAGAUAAAAGACAUCUGCUCCAUCACUGUUUCCAGGCUCUGAUGGAUCAUGGAGUCAAGGUUGCUUCUGUGCUGGCCUAUUCCUUCAGCAGACGGUGCUCCUACAUUGCAGAGUCAGAUGCUGCUGUGAAAGAAAAAGCAAUCCAGAUUGGCUUUGUUUUAGGGGGGUUCCUGUCAGAUGCAGGCUGGUAUAGUGAUGCUGAGAAGGUUUUCCUUUCCUGCCUUCAGCUGUGCACCCUCCACGAUGAAAUCCUUCACUGGUUCCGUGCCGUGGAGUGUUGUGUGAGGUUGCUGCACGUUCGGAACGGGAACUGCAAGUACCACCUGGGAGAGGAGACCUUCAAGCUGGCCCAGUCCUACAUGGACAAGCUGGCCAAGCACGGGCAGCAGGCCAACAAGGCAGCGCUGUACGGGGAGCUCUGCGCGCUGCUCUUUGCCAAGAGCCACUACGACGAGGCCUAUAAGUGGUGCAUAGAAGCCAUGAAGGAGAUCACGGUUGGGCUGCCUGUAAAAGUAGUGGUGGAUGUGCUACGACAAGCAUCAAAGGCCUGUGUGGUGAAACGGGAGUUCAAGAAGGCUGAGCAGCUCAUAAAGCACGCCGUGUACCUUGCCAGGGAACAUUUUGGAGCCAAGCACCCCAAAUACUCUGACACGCUACUAGACUACGGAUUUUACUUGCUCAACGUAGACAAUAUCUGCCAGUCUGUUGCCAUCUAUCAGACAGCGCUCGAUAUCCGGCAGUCAGUAUUUGGAGGUAAAAACAUCCACGUAGCUACAGCUCAUGAAGACUUGGCUUAUUCCUCAUAUGUUCACCAGUACAGCUCUGGGAAAUUUGACAAUGCACUAUUCCAUGCUGAACGUGCUAUUGGCAUUAUCACUCACAUUCUCCCAGAAGACCAUCUCCUUUUGGCCUCUUCAAAGAGAGUCAAAGCACUUAUCCUGGAGGAGAUUGCCAUAGACUGUCACAACAAGGAGACAGAGCAGAGGCUGCUCCAGGAGGCUCAUGACCUGCACCUCUCCUCGCUCCAGUUGGCUAAAAAAGCCUUUGGGGAGUUCAACGUGCAGACAGCAAAACACUACGGCAACCUGGGCAGACUGUAUCAGUCCAUGAGGAAGUUCAAGGAAGCAGAGGAAAUGCACAUCAAGGCCAUCCAGAUCAAGGAGCAGCUCCUUGGGCAGGAGGAUUAUGAAGUUGCCCUCUCCGUGGGCCAUCUCGCCUCCCUCUACAACUAUGACAUGAACCAGUAUGAAAAUGCUGAAAAGCUUUAUCUGAGAUCCAUAGCAAUUGGAAAGAAGCUUUUUGGUGAAGGAUACAGUGGACUUGAAUACGAUUACAGAGGUCUCAUUAAACUGUACAAUUCCAUUGGCAAUUAUGAGAAGGUGUUUGAGUACCACAACAUUUUGGCCAAUUGGAACCGGUUGCGGGACCGGCAGUUCUCGGUCACGGAUGCGCUGGAGGACGUCAGCACCAGCCCCCAGUCCACGGAAGAAGUGGUCCAGUCUUUUCUGAUGUCUCAGAACCUCGAUGGACAGAGCAGCUAAGAACUUGGUCAAUUAACCAGUUAAGGUUUUUUCCCUCAGGUUACAGGGGGAAAAGUCAUACUGUGAAAUCUAAACCUUGUAGUUCUCUGGGGGCUGGAAUUUGCAUUGAAACACUGGUCCAGUCUACUGAAGAGUGCCCAUACGGAUGAAUGUGUGUUAAAUUCCUCUCAGCAUGUGUAUGGCAUGUUUAGUUCGGCUCACAUUUUUAACUUGGUA